AAGUUGAAAAAUACGGCCUGGUAUUGAUUGUAUCUGGGCGUGGCAGGAACCGGAAACAAAAGCAGUGAUUCUUUACAUUUUGUUUCCUGCUUUUUUUCUGUAAUACUAAAGGUGUACGUAGAGGCAUUUUACUCCCGUAAAAGUUACAGUAAUUUAGCUCCGUGUCAUGUUCUCAAUUUAUAGCUAGCUAGCUAUGGCAUGCAACUCGUUGUCUUGUUUGAAGCAAGAUGGCCUCACUCUCAUGGCAGAACAGGCCCAGGCUCUCAAGCUCCUGUUUGAGGGAAGGGACGUGUUUAUCUGGUUCCCAACGGGGUAUGGCAAGUCUCUCUGCUAUAUCAGUUGCUACCCUUUUUAAUGGACUACAAGCUAGGUAGGACCAAGGCUCCUCCUGUUGACAAAAGUGUUGUUCUUGUUAAUUGUCUCUCCCCUUGUAUCUCUCAUCAUGAGACUCAUGAUUGACCAGAUCAGGAGUCUAAACAAUAGAGGUGUUUCUGCUGCCAUCCUCAGUAGCAAUAAAGGAAUCGACAAAGAUUUGGUUGCCACUGCCAAAGAAGUGUCUUCUGGGAAGUAUUUCCUGCUGUAUACUGCCCCAGAGGCUGUUGUUGAAGACCACUGUUGGAGGAUUCAUUUUUUGUUGUACCACGAGUCAAUUUGUUAUGUAUUAAAAAACCACGCCCAGAUCACGCCCAAAUACGAUCAAUACCAGGCCUAGUAGGCGACCUAGCGUUCAAUUGGAGACGGAUCGGCCGGGGGUCGAGGCUAGGUGCUAGUAUAGCUAGUGAGAUGGCGACUGAGGAGAAGGCAACGCUUUUGGUUGGACAGAAUCAUGAACGUAGCGCCUCACCUGCUGAUCCGGAGCAUGCACCAGAAGAAGUCCAUUUUCACAGAAAAGCAUCAGAGUCAAGCUUCAACUGGAUCGGCUGUUUCUGUAUGUUAGGAAUCCUUGUAUUUCUGCUAGCUGUGCUAGGAGCAAUGUUUGGAGCUGGUGUUGUUGUGGGAAGAGGUACUGUAGCUACUGGUAACACCACUGCCGGUUUCGACUGGGGUGGAAAUGUCAUCAUCGAUGGUAAAAAUGUGGCUAUCAUUAGCUGGUUCGAUGGAGAAAUGAGUGCAGAUAACAUAAAAAAAAAUCUUGACACUUUAACUGAGAAGCCGCACAUAGCUGGGAGUGAGCAGAACCAUCAGCUAGCACUGAUGAUCUACCAACAGUGGGAAGGGUUCAUGUUCGACAAAGUGGAGCUAGUCAACUAUUCGGUUCUGCUCAGCUACCCCAACACGAGCAAUCCUAAUGUGCUGCAACUUAAAGAUAGGGAUGAUAUGGUUUUGUAUGCUGGCCAUACUGAUCAGGAACCACCUUUGACCCCUGGUGAAAAUGACUCCAACGUGGCUCCACCCUUCAAUGCUUACUCUGGAAGUGGGGAAGCUAAGGGCCCAGUCGUGUAUGUGAACUAUGCCAGGAUCGAUGACUUUGAGUACCUCACUAAGAACCUCACUCUGAAUCUAUCAAACCAUGUCUGCAUUGCUCGCUACGGAGGAAUCUUUCGGGGAGAUAAGGCUCAUUUGGCUCAGCGAUACGGCUGUAGUGGUCUGCUUAUAUACUCUGAUCCGCAAGACUAUGCCCCUAAUGGCGUGCCAGUGUACCCUGAUGGACCCAGUCUACCACCAGGGGGUGUGCAGAGGGGCUCUCUCAUGAUCACAGAGGGAGAUCCACUGACCCCCGGAGUACCAGCUAUUGAUGGCAUGUAUCGUCGAGCGUAUGAGGAGCUAGCAGAGGAAGGUGGUGUACCCAGCAUUUCUGUGCAGCCCAUCUCGUACGGAGACGCUGUACACUUUAUGAGCCAGCUCUCGCUGUACCCAGCUCCAUCUUCCUGGAUUGGAAACCUCUCUGACAUCGAUUACUUCAUUGCCCAGGACCCCUCCAAUGACAAUGAGACGUAUCUGAUGGUGAACAAUUAUCAGGAACAGAGAACUAUCUACAAUGUCAUAGCCACCAUCUACGGUGGAGUGGAGCCAGACCGUCAGGUAAUCAUGGGUAACCAUAGAGACGCCUGGGUGUUUGGAGCCGUGGAUCCUAACUCUGGUACUGCUACUCUCAUGGAGAUGGCCAGAUCAUUCAGUAUUUUGAGACAAAACAAAUGGAGACCUGGUCGCACUUUGGUGCUGUGCAGCUGGGAUGCUGAAGAGUACGGACUCAUCGGGUCAACAGAGUGGGUCGAGGACAAAGGCUGGCUCCUGGGAGCUAACACUGUGGCUUAUCUUAAUGUGGACGUUGCUGUUUCUGGCUCCGAGUUUUUUGUUUCUUCUGCCAACCCUCUGUUGUUUGUACCCCUGUGGAGGGCAGCGGAGAUGGUCAAGUGUCCUGACCCUGGGUUUGACACUGUCUAUGACCAAUGGCUCCAUUACACACCCCACACUUACAAAAAUGGAGGAUCUAAGCCACUGAUAAACAACCUUGGCUCUGGUAGUGACUUCACCAUGUUCCUACAAGGUUAUGGCAUUUCCUGUACCUCGUCUGGCUAUGCCAACACCACGGCAUAUGCAGUCUACCAUUCAGUCCAUGACAAUUUCUACUGGAUGAGCAACUUUGGUGAUCCCUCUUUCGCCCACCACGUGGCAGUGGGGCUGGUCUGGCUCAAGACUGCUAUGCUACUCGUUACCAACCCACUCCUGCCUUACGAUCCAAGACUCUAUGCUGAAGUCGUGAAGAGUAACUUUGACGAUUUAUCAAAACUGAAUUCAGAUUUGCUCAAAGAACAAGACAUCACACUAUCCUACCUGGAAGUGGCUGUAAUGAACUUUGAGGACAGCUGUAGCAAUUUGUGGGAAGAUGUACAGAGAGUGGUUCAAGAUGGCCCUCCAUCAGAGAACAUUGUACGCAUCAUCACUGACAAGUACAUGAACAUAGAGAGAGCCUUCAUACAUCCAGAAGGACUGCCUGGAAGACCUUACUUUAAGCAUGUGCUGUUUGCUCCAAGCUCAUUCAACAGUUACGGUAGCUCUGGCUUCCCCGGAGUCUCUGACACGAUCUUUGAGGCCACUCAGUCGGGGAAGGAGGAGGACUGGAACAAAAUACGGAGACAGAUUGAUAUCGUCCGGAACCAUCUAAGAUACGCUACCAUGAUAAUGAACGAACCAACUCUCAAAUAUGCUCCUUAAACUGAUUGUGUAUUACAUGUAUACCAUUUUUAUAGGUUUUGUGAUUAUCUUCUAUGUGGUACGUGUUUGAUUAGGCCACUUCCUGGCUCACAUGAGUACAUUUUGUCUAUACAGUAGAACCUCGAUUAUCCAGA